AUGCCUCUCUCUCCUACACCGCUCUCCCCACCAUCAUGCAUGCAGCAACACGCCUCAGCCUCAGGCUUCCUCUGGUGUGGUGUGAACGCCUCUUCCCCACUGCCUCUGGCUUCCUCUGCAACACCCUCCCCUGCAACCAACACCGAUGCCUCUCUCUCCUACACGGCUCUCCCCACCAUCAUGGAGCAGCACGCCUCAGCCUCGGGCUUCCUCUGGCUGGACGACGAUGCAGUCUUGAACUACUGGGCCCUGGCUGAUGCCCCUCUUGAUAAGAACAAAAUCUGGUACCUAAACUCUUCCAACCCAAGCCAUCUCCUCACCCUCCCCCUCGACCAGCCGCCCUCCGCACCCAUCCGCACCGCACUGGACCCCGCGGAUCUCCCCACACACAUCUCCACAUCGCUCUCGCACCUCUCUGAAUCCCUCCAAGCCCAGCUGGACCGCUCUCUUUGGCCGCGCCACCUCUCCUUCCCCCUCGCCGCCUCCGCCUCAUCGGCCUUCUUCAUCCCACAAAGGCUGGUCGACUCUGCUGCUCUGCACGUCAUCCCUGUAUUCGCUGCCGAGGCCAUACCUGCACAGAACAGGUCGCCUUCCCCUCGUCGGCCGUCUUAA